UCUGACAGCAUUGCGUUUAAGGUCAUGUUAUUUCACCUUUCACAAUUGACCAAUCAAAUGACGGUUUCCGAUAACAUGAAAAUUUAGCUGUGAUAUCGGAACAUCCUCGGUAUUUAACGUAAGCACGGGAAUAAAUGCCGAGAAGCGCGGGAGUUUCAUCGAAGAAGAUGGCGGCGGCCAUGAGCAAAACGCCGCAGAAAAUAUAUUUCAACGACAAUGAGUGCAUAAUAUGUGGGUUUCGUUUUGUGGAAACUGUUGAGGAUAGUGACGGAACCCAGCGAUGUGUAAAACACUUUAACAAAAAACUGAAAUUAACAACCGAUCGUGUUAAAUCAAUUGAAGUGUGCAUUGAUGAGGUGAUCACAAUCAAUGAUCAGACCCAGGGUGUUUGUGUUCCCUGCUACCGUUCUGUGGAGCGAUUACAGAAUCUCAUGAGUACUGUCGAGAGUCUGAAACUGAAGAUAACAUCGAACUACAAAAAUACCACAAAGCAGAUGUCCUUAUUAGUGCCUUCACCAAGUAGAAGAUUGAUCACAACAAAGAGACUAGUCAACAGUCCAUUUCGAGUGAACAAAAUGAAACCACCAGAUCUUCCUGCACCACUGGCAAAUUUUAGAGUUCAUUAUCCUACGAAAAUAAAACCACUCACAGAAGUUGUAAACACUGAAGGGUUAUCACAUUUGAAUCUUCCAACUUGCAACCUGCUGCCCAUUGUUUUAAAGCAAAUAGAAGUUGCCAAGUCACCAAUGCAAGAUGAAUUGGAAUGCAAAACAAAAGCAAAGCCAACCAAAAGGACACUAUUUUCCUCUGAUGCCAAGAAAACAUGUGAACCUGGUGAAAUUGAGGUAAGUAUUUUUGUUGUUCAUUUCAUUCUUUUUGAAAUACUUUCAGUUUUUCUUUGCAACACAUUAAUGACACAUGGUCCUGCUCAUACUUUUGGAAAGUGGCAUUUCUUUUCAAUUAAGGCUUUAAAAGUAAUAAUACCUAGGGGAGAAAUUAAAUUUGAUUAAAUUAUCUAAAA